UGAAAACUGCGCAUGCGCCGAUGCAGCUUAUUUCUUUUGUUUACAUGCAGAUUACAGUUCUGAAAAAAAAAUAAAAAAUCAAACGUAAAAUCUGCGUAAAUUGCGAUUUCAAAUUGUGAAUUUAUUUAUUGCAUGAAUUAUUUUGAUAUGUGAUAGACCAAUUUUCUCGUGAAUCAAAGAAUAGUGUUUCGUGGAUAGUUAUGAGAAGAAACUUUAAAAGUCAUCUGCCAAGGUAUUGUUCGUGAUCGAGAGAACCUUUCGUUGGAUUUUUGCUGAAAAUCGAAAUCAGGAACUACGUUAAACAUGGCAGACUCCCAAUUAGAUGGUUCUCCUGCGAUUGGCACAGUAACUGAUGAACAUUCCAGUGGUGAUAGUUCCAAUACCAAUCCAAAUGAUGAAGAAUCGUGGCAAAAUUUCAAGAUAAUUAAAUCGACGCAUAAAAAUGAUAACGAGCACGAAUACAACGUAUCGCUGAAAGACUCGCAAAUAAGUAUUAUCGGCGAUACCUGGGUUCGCACCGAAAAAGGCGAUAGUUACUUCUUAGAUCGAGUAAUUAUUGUUUCUAAAUCGAAUCUUCUCGAAAGAUACUCCCAAGACUUUGACAAAUUAAUCUUCGAAGAUAUUAUUGCCAGUACAGUCAAAGAAACCGACAUGUUCGCUCCAAUUUUUCAAAUCAUGUACGGAAAGGAUUUGAAAAACGUGAUAAGCGAGAGUAAUUUUGUCGAUUUGUUAAUGAACAUGUACGAUCUCGAAAUGGAAAUAGAUUUCGACGUAUUCAAGCAGUUUAUCGAAGAAACCAUAAAACCGAAGAAAGAAGUUUGCAGUAAAAUGUUCAAAUUGUACUCGUUCAUGUUGAACUGCAGAGUGUUCGACGAAAGCUUCGAUUAUUUAUUACCAACCGUCAGUCGAUAUUUUUCUGAUCGAUUACUGGAAGCGUGUAAAAUGAAGGCAUUUUCAUCCGUACCGUACGAAGGGAUUUUUCUUAUACUGUCGCAUCGAAAUGAAGAUGAAUCUCAAAAUGAAGCCGAAAGUAAAAUAAUUGGUCGUAUUUGCGCCGAAUGGAUCUGUCACGAGUUUAAGAAACGUAUCGACAAGUUGAUCAAGUUGGUGAAUGCGACGAAACAUCGUUAUGGUAUUUUCCACUAUUGCAGUACGGAUGAAAAAGGAUCGAUAGUGAGCUCUUUGAAGCAAAUUGAUAAAAGUCUUCGAGUACAAAAAGUGGAAGAAUGUUUCAACGAAUUGCUUUAUUACGAUGGUGAAAUUACUUUUGAUUCUUCCAAAUUGACCGACGAUGUAGUACCACAUGAAUCCCGAAUUCGUAUCAUAAAUGUUAUCGAUCAACCUCGCAGAUGGGCCAUGCUUCUAGAAAAAGGACGAUUUUGUGACGUGAUCAUCGACGUUCAAGGAUUUCCUUAUAAAUUGCAUCGAAUCAAGCUGUUGUUGUCUUCUCCCUUCUUUUACGAUUUGUUUACCAAAGACAACGAAUCGCCUGACUCCACGAUCGACGGAAAAUCAGAGUCAGACGAAAUCCCAAUGGAAACAUACACGUUGGAUGAAGUCGACGCUGAAGCUUUUGAAAAAAUAAUCCGUUACAUUUACGAAGGUGAAAUCGAGAUCACUUCAGGAUACCUGAUGAUUAAUUUGCUCAAAGCCAGUAAAUUUUUGCAAAUGGACGAUUUAUACGAAAAAUGCUAUUCGUGGUUUUUGAAUUCCGGCCAUAAAAUUCCGAGCAUUAUUUUCGAUUUAUUCGAGUUCCUCUGCGAAAACGACGUGAAUUCGAAGCUAUAUAAGUUGGUAACUCUUCGCAUUCACGCUGUGUGGCCAAAAUAUGACGUAACUGCUUUCAAACGUAUCUCUUUGAAAGCUCUAAAGGAAAUCGUCGCUUUACCCAAGUUAUCGAUGAAUACCUCCGAUGAAGUUAUCGACCAGUGUUCGGAAUGGAUCUUUCACGAUAUAGAAAAAAGAUACUCUCUGAUGUACGAAAUCGCCAAAUCUAUAAAUCGUAAUUUCGCCAUGAAAAUGAAACCGUUGAAAUUGAUAAGUCCUGAAAAUUCAGUCGAGUAUUCGGUGAAAUGGGUUAAAGAACAGUUGCUCGCGAUCUUGAAGUCUACUGCGCUUGUAUUUGUACCGUUGAAAUACGAUUCGGGUUUGAAGAACGAACAAAGGCCCCGUUUUAUUGGUACACGAACGGACGGAUCGUUAUGCAUUAUGGAUGAAUAUUUCAGCGAGAUUGUCUCAAUAAGUCCGAAAACGUUACCUGUUUAUUCGACCCAAACGAGCAUUUCGAUCGAUCGACAAUCAGCGGCUAUGAUCGAUGAUAAAUUAUUCGUUCUUUUCAACGUCGGCGUGAAGUUUUACUUCUAUGUUUACUUGCUGGCAUCGAAAAAGUUCAUUUCGUUGGCUACUGAUGACAGACUGAAUUCGUCCUUCGAAUACGUGAUUUUGAAUAUCAACAAUUCGGUAUACUACGUCGAUGGUGCAACUGUGCUGCAAUAUUGCUUCCAUUUAAAUCGAUGGAUUACAUUUUCUGAGCUCAAGUCGAAUAAAGUAUGGAUGGCGAGUGAUGGAAAAAUAAUGUAUCAAAUGUUCCUUAAGAAAUCUACGCAACAAGUUUCGUCGUCGGAAGAUCUUAAAAUCGAAUAUUACGAUUUCAAACAAGGAAUGUUGGCCGAGUUACCUGAUGUGCCUGCAGUUGAUCAGCCAUCACUCGUGGAUGUGGAGGGACGUGAAAAAUGCGAUAAUUUACCAAUCAGUGUGAAUGUUAUUGGUAAGGAUUUUUGUGUGCUGUUUAAACGAAAAACCUACUUCUUUCAUUGGAAGACUCAAACUUGGAGUAGCAUUGAUAAUUUAUACGAAGAUUUCUCGACGUUCACUGAACGUGAUCAGAAUAUUCUGUUUAUUUCUGCCGAACAUGGAGUUCUUUUGUAUUCUCCGGUGCUGAAAGAAUGGAUCGCUGAUCAGAAAUUGAACAAAUUUAACAGCGUUUCAGCCAUUCAUAUGGUUAUGUGAUUGAAUGGUAUUUUAUAUUGGUUCAUGUUUAUAUACUUACUUAUCUAUUUGUAUUGAAAUGUAUCUUUUACCUGUGAGUAAUUAUAGGAAUCACGUGUUUUUCUUGUGUUUGUUGGGAUUUUUUUUUGUAUAGUACGAGAUUAUUGUCCAUGUUUAAGGUAUAAGUUAUGAAAUAUUUCAAUCAACCAAUUUUGUUUUGCUAUAAAAUAUAAUGUACCUACAUUUUUUUGAUAA